AUGAAGGCCGAGAAGGCUGCGGCGGCCGCCGCCGCCGCCCAAGCCGAGGAGCCUGCUCCCGCGCCGGCAGCGGAGCCUCCGGCGGCCGAGGCGAAGCCAGCGCCGGCAGUGGAACCUGCGGCGGCCGAGGCAAAGAAGGAGACUCCCAAAGAGCGGCUGGCGCGCAUCAAGGCGGAGAAGGCAGCGGCGGCGGCAAAGGAGGAUGCACCAGCAGCGGCCGAGCCCGCUGAAGAUCCGCCGGCUCCUCCUUCAGCGGAGGAGGCUGCUGCGGGAGCCGAAGACCCCGCUCCCGCUCCGGCUCCAGAGGACACGAUCGACGAGUCCAAGGCUGCCGAGCCUCCCGCCGAGCCGCCUGCGGAGGCGGCGGCGGCGGGUGAGGGCGGCCCGGCGGCGCCCGACGACGGCGGGGGAGACCCUGGCGAUGGAGUGGCAGCAGACGACGCGUCCGACGAGGCGGUGGCGCCUGAGGCGGCGGCAGCGCCAGCGGCGGCGGAGGCGGAGGCGGCGGCGGAGGCGGCGGAGGCGGCGGAGGCGGCGGAGGCGGCGGAGGCGGCGGUGGCGGCAGCGGCGGAGGAGGAGGAGGAGGAGGAGGAGGAGGCGGGGGCUGCUGCGGAGGCGUCGGCAGCCGAUGGCGCGGCGGAAGCGGAGGGGGAGGCGGAAGCGGGGGAAAUGGCGGCGGCGGCGGCGGCGGAGGAGGAGGAGGAGGAGGAGGCGGCGGCGGGGGAGGCGGCGGCGGCGGGGGAGGCGGCGGCGGCGGGGGAGGCGGCGGCGGCGGACACGGAGGCGGGCGGGCAGGGUGCGGAGGUGGAAAGCGGCGUCUCUUCUCCGGCGGCGGCGAACGCCCUCGCAGGCAUGCUGGACGCGGUCGGCUCGUCCUCCGAGUCGGCUCACGACGCGGAGUUCGCGCUGCUGGCGCCGGUGCAGCUGCCAAAGGAGAUGCUGGUGCGCAGCGAGGGGGCGGCGACGGAGCUGCACCAGACGGUGUGGGGGCGCGUCGAGGCCCCCCCGUCGCGCAAGUCUUGGUUCGGGAAGAAGCAGCACGUCGUCAAGCCGGUGCCGAACCAGAACCGCGUCUUGCGGGUGGGCGCGCGGCUGCAGGCGGACAGACAGACAGAAGAACCUCCAAACCCCCUCAGUCUCUAG